AUGAGUUAUAAAACUGCUCAUGAUAGCUCAUAUUUCACAGUGAUUCACCCUCAACUAAAUACAGUAAAUCCCAUAUAGAUGCCAGGCGAGCAAAAAACUGGACUCAGACGAUUUAAUAUUCAUAAAAAUAUAGAGAGUGAGCCAUAUUUGUAUACUUCACCUUCUCUUCACAGGUUUCAGCCAUUUCGCAAGCUUGAGCCAUUGGAUAACAGUUCCUCUCCUAGCCCCACAACUCAUCAUUCUAAAUCCCGAUCGCUUUCAACAGUCCGGCCUUUCCCUCAAAUUGAUGUGAUUAACGGUAAACUAUAUGAAUCCCAAUUAAACCAAUCCUAUGAAUUUGAUAGAAUAAACAAGUCAUCAUCAAUUAUUCAGCAGGUAAGCCUGAAGCAAACCCUUAUGGGUUUUUGUUAAUAAUUUCCUUUUCUUCCUCAUUUUCCAUCCUUCUUUUUUCCUUUCACUCUCCUCUCUCAAUUUCUCCAUUAGCUUCUUCUUCAGUGCCUCCAUCAGUGCCUCCAUCAGUUCAUCCUCAGAUCUCCUUCAAUUUUGCCUGCUUCAAUCCACCUUCACUUGCUGCUGCUUCAUGCUGCCUUUUGUUUCUCCAGUGUUUUUUUUCUUUCGCUCUAUUAUGGCCUCAUUUUUUAUUUUCUUCUUUCUUGCCUUCCACAUCAUCUUACUUCUUCCAUCUUCUGUCAAAAUUGCUGCCGAGAAAUUUGUUUGAGAAUUUGGUUGGCAUUUCUGUUGGUUUCUGUUUGAAAUUCGAUUGAACUUCUUGCUUGAAUUUCUUUUGCGAUUUCUUUUGAGUUUUCUGUUGAGAGAUCUUCUAAAAGGAUCCCUUUGAGAUUUCUGCAGGUGUUUUUUAGGUUGCCUUUUGAAUCUUUCUUGAGGUUUGUGCUGGUGUCUCUGUUGGAUUUCAAUUGGAAUAUUUGUCGAGGAUGUUGUUGGGAUUUCUGGUGAGUUUUUAUAGGCAUUUUUGAGAAUCCUGUUAGAAUUUUUGUUGAGGUUGCUUUUGAGCUUUUUGCUGAAAUUUCUGUUGAAGUUUCUGUCUGGAUAUCUGUCGGUCUUUUUGUUAACGUUUUUGUUGGUAUUUCUGUCUUUCCUGCCAUUAUUUCUAUUUCAAUUGCCCUGACGGAUUGAGAGUGGUCAGGAUUGUUUCUCCGUCAUCCAAGACUUCUCCUUGUAAUCCUGCAAGCAACUUUACUGCCAUCUCGAGUUCUUCAUUUUCUUCACUCAGUUCUUCUCUUCAACUGCCAUCUUCUUCUUCCCAAUUUUUAUCAAUUUCUUCAUCACAAAAUUCAUCAUCUUCGAGUAAUCUCAGAAACACUAAGGCUUUUUCUAAGUUACCGCCGCAUGCAUUCAGCGCCAUCUUUGCUUUUUCUUCCUCGUAGCCUAGCUCCAUCAAGAUUCCUUCAUCAAUCAUUAGCAUCUCUAUCGCAUCAAGUUCACUCAUUUCGUCUUCCUCUUCACUAGAAUCAUAAUAAAACUUGUUUAUGUCAGCUAUUUUCUUAGGUUUUUCCGCACCAAUGCUGAAUCUCCAAUCAGAAAUUGAAGCCGCCUUAGGUGGUUUUUGUCCCUUUGGAAAUGCUUCCAUUGAAAAAAUAAAAAGUAGAAUAAACAAGUCAUUUGAUGAAACAACCCAAAGAAAGAAUAAAUCCGAAGUAUAUGAAGAAGAAAUAAGAAGCUUGAAAGAAAAAAUAAAGAAAAAAGAAGAAGAAUUUUUUUUGAUAAAAAGAUCUGCUUCAGGGUUCAGAAACCCUUAUCAUAUUAAUUCAUAUGAGAAAAGUCUUUAUGAUUUAAAUAGAAACUCUUAUCAAAAAGAAGAAAUAAAUAAAAGCCUUGACUACCAAAUGGGGAUAAGACAGAAAAGAAAGGAGCUUGAGCUGUGGGAAAAAGAUAGGGAAAAAUCGAGGAGGUUUGAAGAUAUGAAAAUUUUGAAUGAAAUUGAAAUGAGAAAAAGAAUUGAUGAAAUGAUCAAAAAAAAAAUGUAUAGCCAAGAAUUAAAUAAUCAAGAAUUGCAAAAUGGGAUAAACAAGGAGAGCAAGAACUUAUACUCUUUUAAUAAGAAAUCUAUCGACCCUUCGAGUGAAUAUUUGGCAAAUGCAAUGAAUUUUCCACGGCAUACUAAGAAAACUGCAAAAACAAUUUGCUAUAAUCCGAUAACCAAUGUGAUACAGGAUACUUCUGAUUUUCUGUUUGACCAGCCUACUUUGAAUGCGCAAUAUCGAGUUAGCGCAUUACCAAACGAGAAAGGUAAACCAUCAGGCAUUUUCAAUAAGCCUGCACUUUACAACCCACUUUAUACUAAACUAAACCCAAAGAUUUCACCGACAUAUCCAAUUACAGGUUAUAUAUAUCAACCGGCCAUUAAUCAAGAUUUUGCAAUAAGUGCCUCAAAGUUUUUUGGGUGUGACUCUAGUUAA